GCGGAGAACGUCCGAAAAAAAAACUGGGAGUAAAAACAAAUUGAACGGAGAGGGAGAAGCCCGGAGCCCGGAGGCAGGGGCCGGAAAAACACUUCUGGUUCAGACAAUCAUUCGUGAGCUGUGAGCAGAUAAUCCAGACAAAUAGCAGGACGCCUCAGCUACCUCUUCGACAGCUCUCCUUGUCUCCUUCGCAAGCUCGCAGAAUCGCAUACGGGGCUGGUUUGUUCUUCGCAAAACAAAAUUGGGCCUCUCUAGCCUUGCAUAAGGCACGGGCCUGCGCUCGGCGCUAUGUGGCCUUGCCACUCAUGGCCUGUAGGGCCACUAAUGGGGCGCCUACCUCAUCGUGUCCAGAACGACGCGCCUAAUGAAAGGCGGAGUCCUCAGGUUUUCCGGGUGACUUCCGGCAGCCCACUAGGUGUUCCUGCCAUGGACAGUUACGUCCAAAAAAACCCGGAUGACGAGCCAGGCCGAGGGUUAUUGUUACCGUUAGGCCGGUAGUCAUGAUAGAUGAUGCUAGGCAUGAAUAUGAAGCCGUUCACGAGCAACUGUAGUCUGUAGAGGAAGAAAUCAUAAUCAUGUAUGUGUUCAGGACACAUUAGAAAGAAGUCCUACGGGUCGACGGAUCGUAUGAUGCACGAGCAUCCAGAUUCAUGGUUUCAAGUUGGAGUUGUUCUAAGUACCGGAAUCAACAGUGCGUAUGCUCUAGGGUAUGCUGGAGCUAUUAUGGUCCCACUAGGUUGGGUAGGCGGUGUGGUUGGGUUGAUCCUAUCCACCGCUAUAUCAUUAUAUGCUAGUACGCUUAUAGCUAAGCUUCAUGAACAUGGAGGAAAGAGGCAUAUCAGAUAUAGAGACCUUGCAGGCUUUAUAUAUGGUCCAACUGCUUAUUCACUUAUUUGGGCAAUGCAGUAUGCAAAUCUGUUCAUGGUUAACACUGGGUAUCUUAUUCUUGGUGGCCAUGCCUUAAAGGCCUUUUAUGUUCUCUUUAGAGACGACCAUGUGAUGAAGCUUCCUUAUUUCAUUGUAAUAGCUGGAGUGGCAUGUCUCCUCUUCGCUAUUGCUAUACCUCAUUUAUCAGCACUUAGGAUCUGGCUUGGGGUUUCAGCUUUUCUUAGUUCGGUCUACCUUCUUGCCACAUUUGUCUCGUCUAUCAAAGAUGGUGUAAAUGCUCCUGAUAGAGACUAUAACAUCCCGGGAACAAAAAUAGGCAAAAUAUUUACAACUAUUGGUGCAGUUGGCAACCUAGUGUUUGCUUUUAAUACAGGAAUGAUUCCAGAGAUACAAGCUACUGUUAAAGAACCUGCGGUGAAGAACAUGAUCAAAGCACUUUACUUUCAGUUCACAGUAGGAGUGAUGCCAAUGCUUGCUGUUACAUUCAUGGGGUAUUGGGCUUAUGGGUCCAGCUCAUCAGCCUAUUUGCUCAAUAACGUCCACGGCCCUGUUUGGUUAAUGGCAUUUGCUAACAUGUGUGCUUUCUUGCAAGCUAUCAUCUCUAUGCAUAUAUUUGCAAGCCCGACGUACGAAUAUUUGGACACAAAGUAUGGGAUAAAAGGAAGCGUGUUCAUGCCGCGCAACCUGGGAUUCAGAACUUUGGUCAGAGGCGGCUAUUUAGUCCUCACCACAUUCCUUGCAUCUCUACUGCCUUUCCUCGGGGACUUCAUGAGCCUUACCGGGGCCAUCAGUGUGUGCCCCAUCACAUUCAUUCUCGCAAACCACAUGUACAUGGUUGCUAAAAGAAGCCGGCUAUCUUCCUUGGAGAAGAGCUGGCAUUGGUUGAAUGUUGUCUUCUUUGGUUGCUUAUCUGCUGCUGCUUUUGUUGCUGCCAUAAGGUUGAUUGUAGUCGACUCUAAUACGUACCAUGUUUUCGCUGAUUUAUAGUUUUUCUUUCACAAGAGCUGGCAUUGGUUGAAUGUUGUCUUCUGUGGUUGCUUAUCUGCUGCUGCUUUUGUUGCUGCUAUAAGGUUGAUUGUAGUCGACUCUAAUACGUACCAUGUUUUCGCUGAUUUAUAGUUUUUCUUUCCUUUUAACAUUUUCUUUUGGAGUUAUCUUUUAACCUCGAGACAAAUGUAUUAUAAUCUGUAUAGACAGAAUAAUUUGCUUGACAAAAAAAUCAGUCAGAUGGUGAUGCUUUCUAGCAGAAUUUGUGAUACUUUCUUCAAUGGACACUCUUAAAGCAUUGCAAAUGUUGUUAAAACUUAAAAGUGUUUGGAC